CCGGGAGGCAGCGGAGUAUUUACGGCACAGGGACGAUGGAUGUCCAUCGUGAUCACCCAGUCCCUUUGCGUGCCAAGCGCUUUGAGUCCUCGCAAUGAAUUAAGCUGUGACAAUAGCUCCGGGACACCCGGUGUCGUUGGGGACGGACCCAGUGGUGGGAGGAGGCAGUGGAUGGAACAAAGGUCUCACCAAGGUGGCCCGGUAGGGCUCUGGGGGCUCCACCAACCCAGACGGGCCGGUCCCCCAACCGGCGCUGCUGAGCCUCAGGAAAUGGAGGAGCUGGGUUGCUGGGGAACCAGCCCGACCGGCUCCCCGGCUGUCAGCACCUGAGGAAUGCCAAACCUCCGCUCGCCAGGGCUGGGUGCUCACCGAGGACUGGGUGUUCGCCGGGUGACUCUGCCGGUCCGCCCAGCCACGGCGUGCCGGUGCAGGGAGCAGCACCCCGAGCCCUGCGCAGUGCCUUCGGUGCGUUCGGUCAGUGCGGUGCCCAGCCGGCGCGGCAGGACCCUCGGGCGGCAGCUCCACCAGCCCCGCUGUGUGGUGGCGGGGACUGCAUGGAUCAUCCGUUCCAGCACAGUGUGGCGAAGGGCUUCAUCUCCAGUGCUGAGCUGAGCAUGAAGCAAACGGCAGCACCCAGACCUGAGAGCCGAUCCCGCUUCCAGAAAGUCUCACUGGUGUCACGGCAGGUGGAGCACACGGCAGGAGGGGGGGGGCGGGAUGGCAGCCCCUCCCGUGUCUCCCUGCUGCUGCAGGCCUGGGAGAGGGAGAUUGUGGAGAAGACAUCGGGGCCGAGCACGGUGACGCAGCAGAGAUGUUCAUCCUCUAUCAGCACCCUGAAGGACUUCGCAGCGCAUGGCCCCGUCUUCUCACAGGUCUUUUCACCACGGCGGCGGGAGGAGAAGCGGGAGGAUGACACAGUGCCUGCACCCCGAGAUGUCCCUGUGCACCGCGAGAGCUACAUGCAUGGUGCGCUGCUCCCCACUGUGCCCUGCUGUCAGCACUCAACCCGCGACCCAAAGCCCAGGGCUAGGCACGUCACUGUGCUGCGAGAGGGCAGGGAGGCAGAGGAGGGCAGGAAAACCCAAAAUGGUGUGUGCAAAGCCACUACUGUGUCCUCUUUGCAUCAGAGAGGCUGUAAGCUGGAUGGCAGUGGCAUCACCAAGAUCACAGCACAUGGCAAAAGCACCCUGGAUACCAGGGAAUCCUCCAGGGAGAAGUGUUCAAUGCCAGAUGAAUCCAUGCCCAAUGCAGCACCAAGAGGCAGAGACAAACCCCGGGACCUGCGAACCAGUAAAAACAGUGACCAGUGUCCUCUGGCAGAUCAGUCUGGAGUGGUAGAAGGAGGUGUAAUGCAUAGGAAUAGCUCUAUUUCAGCCACACAGCCCAGGACAGAGAGCUCUGAGGAAGCUGGUGGUACCUCCAAAAACAUCUCCAUGGAAGCAAACAGUGGCCCUGAGCCGUUACCUGGAGCACAAGCAUCUCCAAAGGACACAGAAGUUAAGAUGCAGGAGAGUGAGAUGGUGGAGAAUAACCAGGGUGUGGCCCAAGGUACCCAGAGCAUCGCUGAGCCUCCCACAGAGAGCAUUGCAGAACUCCAAUCUGAGAGCACUGCAAAGAUCCCACCUGAGAGCAUUCCAAAACCCCAACCUGAGAGUGUCCAAAAACCCCAACCUGAGAGUAUCCCUAGACCCCAAUCUGAGAGCAUCCCAAAACCUCAACCUGAGGGUGUCCCCAGAUCCCAACCUGAGAGUGUCCCCAGAUCCCAAUCUGAGAGCAUCCCCAAACCCCAACCUGAGGGCGUCCCCAAACCCCAACCUGAGAGCACCCCAAAACCCCAACCUGAGGGUGUCCUCAAUCCCCAACCUGAGAGCACCCAAAAAUCUCAACCUGAGAGUGUCCCUAAACUUCAGUCUAUGAGCAUCUCAAAGCCCCAGACUGAGAGCAUCCCAGAGCCUCCCCAUGAGUCCCCAGACCCACCAUCAGAAAGUUCCCCAUAUGAACCUGAGGAGGAUCCUGAGCUGGUGGUGGACAUGGAGAUCUUUGUGGACACGCUGCGCAAUAUGGAGCCCUCAGAGAUACGAAAGGCACCCAAGGUUCCCCGUCAGCCCUGGCCCUCAGUGCUCGGUCGCUGUGCACCACUGCCACCCAUCCAUGAGGACCUUGUGGCCCCACGCGCCCACAUCUCACUGCCUGUUGCACUGCAGGAGCUGCUGGCGUGGGCGGGGAGGGGACAACGAGCUGAGACCCCCCCAAAGGGUACUGAGAGCCACGAUGAGGAGGAGAUCGAGAACCCCUACCUGAGCCCUGGGGAGAAGGCAAUGAGGAGGGCUCAGAAUGGCAAUGGGGAGCUGGGUUCGCUCUUGGAGGGGUCGAUGCAGGGCAGGGCCACGGGAGAGCACAGUAUUCUGUUCCGAGGGAAUGUCCUCAAAGGCAUGGCACUGCUCUCUGACUUCCUGGAGCACCGUGCAGCUGCAGUGGAUGAAGCCAAGCCCUACUCACGCCUGGACAACAGCAUGCUUUACAGCCGCUUCGUAACCCCUGCCAGCAGCAUCCACAAUGGGGUCCCCAAUGGUGUGGGUGCUGGUGACCACCCCAGCACUGAGAUGGAAGCAGUAAGUCCUGACCACAUCCCUCCUGUUCCUGAGGAGGCAGAGAGCAUGGGUGCCCCAUACCACACCGACACCCUGCAGGAGGAAAAGGAGGGCUCUGUGAAGAUAAACACCAGACCUGGCAAGAUCAUCCUCUUCUCCGAGGCUGGCUUCGCAGGGCACAGACGGGACAUUUGGGGUGAUAUCCCCGACGCUACAUCCUGGGAGCUGUCACACAAAAUCUCCAUUAGGGUCAUCCGUGGCGGGUGGGUGAUGUAUGAGAAACCACGGUUCCAUGGGCGCAAGUGUGUGCUGGCAGAGGGGGAUGUGGAGAUUGACAACCCCUGGAUGGUGUAUGGGCAGAGUGAUGAGCCACAUGGCAGUCGGCCCUUCCGCAUCGGCUCCUUCAAGAGGGUGGUGAAGGAUUACCGCACGCCUGAGAUCAGCUUGUUUGCUGAGGAGAAUGGAGAAGGUGCCAGGCUUCAGUUCAGCGACUCGGCUGAGGACACCCGUGUGCAGGGCCAGUCACUCACUGCUUCCUCCAUCAUUGUGCACUCGGGACUGUGGCUGGUUUACUCCAAGCCCUUCUUUGAUGAUGACCCCUAUGUCCUGGAGCCAGGCGGAUACCCCAACCUGAAGGCCUGGGGAGCAAAGGAUCCAUCCAUCUGCUCCAUGCAUCCCAUAAGGCUGGGCUGCCCGGUGGUGGAGCGUCCUGGUGAGCCACAAGUGCUGAUCUACGAGGACAUGGGCUUUCAGGGACACAGCUUCAUCAUCAGCCGGGAUGUCUAUGACUUGAAGUGCCUGCCCGAACUGCCACUGCCCACCGUGGGCUCAAUGCGUGUGCUGGGUGGCUGCUGGGUUGGCUACGAGAAGGAGGGCUUCCGUGGUCACCAGUACCUGUUGGAAGAAGGAGAAUACCACGACUGGCAGCAGUGGGGCGGCUACAGCAAGGAGCUGGUGUCCUUACGGCUCAUAAGGACGGAUUUCUCUGACCCGGCGCUGGUGCUCUUUGAGGCUGUGGACUUUGAGGAGGGCCCUAGUGUAGAGCUGAGUGAGGCACUGCCUGACACGCAGCUGGCUGGCUAUGGCACUGUCACACAGUCCAUCCAUGUGCUGAGUGGCGUGUGGGUGGCCUAUGAGGGCCCCAACUUUUCAGGUGAGCAAUACAUCCUGGAGAAGGGAGUGUAUCGCAACUGUGAGGACUGGGGGGCUACCAACUGCCACAUCGCCUCGGCACAGCCCAUCCUGCAGGUUAAGGAGCACAACCUACACUUCGUCUCCAAGAUCCUGCUCUUCUCAGAGCCUGACUUCCUGGGGGAACACCUCGCCUUUGAGGAUGAGCAGAGUGCCCUGCCUUACAGCUUUGUGCCUCGCUCCUGCAGGGUCCAUGGUGGCAGCUGGAUCCUGUUUGACAGCCAGGCCUUCACUGGGGAGCAGCAUGUGCUGUCCGAGGGCGAAUAUCCCACGCUGGGUGCCAUGGGCUGCCUCUCCUCCACCACCAUUCACUCCUUGAAGAAGGUCCCAGUGUUCUUCUCAGAGCCCUCCAUCUUCCUGCAUGGCCUGGAGUGUUUUGAGGGGAAGGAGAUUGAGCUGAACAAUGAAGUGCGGAGUCUCCAGGCAGAGGGCUUCAACAACCAUGUGCUAUCAGUGCGUGUCAAAGGCGGCAUCUGGGUGCUGUGUGAGCAUGGUGACUUCCGAGGUCGCCAGUGGCUGCUGGAGUGCACUGAGAUCACCAACUGGCUGACCUACAGUGGGCUGCAGCACGUGGGGUCCCUCUACCCCAUCCGCCAGAGACGCAUCUAUUUCCGCAUCAGGAGCAGGGAGCUGCAGCUCUACCUGUCUGUCCCUGAUGAUGUGGAGGACAUGAAAGCGGGACGUGUGGUGGUCUCCAGCCUGAGCGAGCAGAGCAGCUCUGUCUGGUACUACGAGGAUGGGCUGCUCAAAAACCAGGUUGCCCCUGCCAUGAGCCUGCAGGUCAUUGGGCCAGCUGGAAAGGGAGCAAAGACCGUGCUGUGGUCUGAAACCAGGAUGCCACGUCAGACCUGGAGCAUUGAUUCUCAGGGACGGAUCCACAGCCAGAUGUUUGAAGACAUGAUCCUCGAUGUAAAGGGCGGCCGAUCAUACGACCGGGACCAUGCAGUCAUUUGGGAGGUGGCUGAGGAACGACUCACACAGAUCUGGGAUGUACAGGUGCUAUGAGCAGGGAGUGUGUGGCCCUGAUGCCAACAAGUGUCACAGAGAAAGACAGGGACACCCUGCAGUGGUGGGAGCUACCUCCUGCCCCACUGCCCUGGCAGAUGAAGGAUGAAGGAUGCCAUGACCACCUCCAUUGCCUACUGCCCUCCCAGAGCACCACAGCCACACGUGCUGCUGACCACUGUGGGAUGCUCUGAGAGCAAUGCAGCAGAGCCUUUUCCCUACCCCCUUCCCCUCUCUGAACUGUAUUUAUGUGUGUAAGAUACGGCCCCAUUUGAGGGGGCCAGCCCUGC